AUGGAUAAUAAACAAUGGAACAAUCAAACAAUGGUCAAAGAAUUCAUCCUCCUUGGAUUUGGAAAUAUCCAUUCAUUUCAGCUCCUUUUCCUGGUAUUUCUAGUGAUUUACCUUGUGACCAUAUUGGGAAACCUUUUGAUUGUUAUCUUAGUUGCAGCUGAUCAACACCUACACACUCCCAUGUACUUCUUCCUAGCAAAUUUGUCUUCUUUAGAGUCGUGCUACAUCUCAACUAUUUUGCCCAGAAUGCUGAACAGUUUCAUAACUGGGAACCAGUCUAUGUCUGUGAAUUCUUGUUUCAUGCAACUAUAUUUCUUUGGGGCCUUGGCUACUGCAGAAUGCUAUCUGCUUGCUGCUAUGUCUUACGAUCGGUAUCUAGCAAUUUGCAAACCAUUGCAUUAUAUGACCAUUAUGAAUGCCAGGUUCUCCCUGCAACUUUCAAGUGGUUCUUGGGUCAUUGGAUUCAUCGUUAAUACUUUAACAACCUCUUCAAUGAUGCACUUAAUAUUCUGUGGACCUAAUGAAAUCGACCACUUCUUCUGUGAUUUUGCACCAUUACUUCAAUUGUCUUGUAACGAUACCCUGAAAAUACAGCUGCUGAUUUUUGUUCUGUCAGCUCUGUUUGGAUUGGUGCCAUUUCUUUUAACACUUAUUUCCUACAGCUGCAUCAUAAAAACCAUUCUGAGGAUCCCAUCCACUUUAGGAAGGAAGAAAGCAUUUUCCACCUGCUCAUCACACCUCAUUGUGGUUACACUCUUUUAUGGCACUAUAGUCAUUGUAUACGUGUUACCAAAAACCAGAACACUUAGAGACCUUAACAAGGUCUGCUCUGUCUUCUACACUGUCUUAACACCCUUGGUGAAUCCUUUUGUUUACAGCCUGAGAAAUAAAGACAUUAAACAAGCAUUAAGGAAAGCUGUGAGAUAUUUUGUCGAUAGAUCAUAA